AUGGCGACGCGAACCCCGGCUCAGAGCAUCCCAGAGACAGGCUUGAAGCCUGUCUCUGCCGUAUCUUCUGCUGCUCCUGCCUUUCCAACCCAAGAUGACUCUACUACCAGAGUUGAAAGUAACCACGGGCUAGUCGUCACAAAUCAGCAAACACCUGUGUUCGGCUGCCCAUCCAACUUCACAUCGGUGUUGGUUUCAAGGACUCUCGGGUCCACGGGCUGGCGUGAGAACAAUAACAGCUCCUCUGGUUUGCUCGAUUCCCGUGAAGACUGCAUCGCUGGCGUGCCGUUGACCUCGUUCCCCGCGCCCCGGGAUGCAAGCAGCGAUUUGAAAAGCUUGCCCAAUACAGCACAAUCUGGUUUUGCUCAAGUGGCUCUGGGUAAACCUUUGUCCAAGCUUGAGCCCGACCAGAUUUUCAAUUUCCAGGCUCUAUCUGCUCCUCGUCCUUCUCCAGACCGGGUUGACCAGAAUCCCGAGAACUAUCCCGAACCGAGUAGCCUGGGGUCUCUUGUCGUUGGGCAGUUGACUGCCAGCCAAGUGCUGUUUUAUUUCGGUGUUCUUUCCAUUAUGGCUCGCCUGAACCCUCAAUAUCACUUCAAAUACGGCGGUAGGGAUGGGAGGAACAUCGGAGCUAGGCUCACUCUCUAUGGGCACACCAUCCUUGUUCAGCCUACCGCGGAAACGGUAUUGGAAGCUAAAGUCGCAGCAUGUCGUGGAGCUCUCGAGGGCUUGCGAGAGUUCAACCCUCAGUGGCUGGUAGCGCCCCAGCCCAUGGAUCGUCCGACCAGCCCUGACUGGAACUGGGUUCAGAUGCUUUAUGUGGUCAAUGACGGACUAUUUCGCACCGCGCGGGGGUGCAUCAAUCUGUCGGAGGGACGAAAUACAGUGGCCCAUAUGACCCUGUAUCAGCUCCUUGUGGGACAGAUUGGGCCUAAUGUGUCCAUACUUCCUCCUGAUCCGUCAUCAUCCCCAAUGGAGGAAGGCGAAUUACGUCCCCACAAGGGUGAGCAGUAUGGCAUGAUCCAAGGCUCGGGAUUGGGGCAUCAAGAAGACGGAACGCUUGAUCAGCCUGUUUGCUCUGCAAAGGCGAAAACCUCCAAUCCCUUGCCCAAGCAACUGCCGAUACGCAGCAGGCGGGGGAGGAAAGCAUCCUCCAAGGCCCAGUAUUUUGCGCCUAACGGUAAUGCAAAUCUAAUUCCUCUGGCCAACAGUCGGCUGGCUUCUAUUAAGGAGCCGGUCCAAAAGAAGGAAGGCCCACUGGAAAUGCUGAAGGCGAUCCAAAAGGCACUGACCCAAAUGCCCCGACAGGCUUCAUAUAUGAGAGUCCUGGAAAAAAUCUGCGAUGUCCUUAAUGCCAACUGCCCGACCAUCCGCCGCGAAAAGAAUAUUUCCGAUACUUCUGGGAAUUCAUAUGUGGUCUUGGCUCGGUUCGACAACAGGAAUCCUUACCUGAACCGCGCCAGUCCCAUCUGGCUGGCUGAAGUCUCGAACCCCGACCCAGACUUAGCUCAUGGUAUCGGCGUGAAGAAGCUCAUCCUGUGGCUUCUAAAGAUGGUCAAAGAGGAUUCCGGGGUGACCAAAAAGGCUUACAAUCGCGAGCUGGCAUUUCUGAAAAAACUCGAGGCCGAAGUCGAAAACCGCCUGCGUCGUUGA